UGGUCGAGCGUGAAAGCUGCCGCCAACGCUUCCAGCUUCUCCCGGCUGAGCGCUCCGCUGCUGAGUGUUCGGUUCUGCCCGCAGCCGUGUGGCGUGGAAAUUGUAUCCAACGUUGGAACUGCGUCGUUUCCAGGGAAACGCGGCAAACACCAAAGUCGCCGACGAGGCUUGAGCGGUCAUUUUUGAAAGAUCCUCUCCCUCUGAAACUGAGAGAAAAGGACACUCUUCAUCCGUAUGAUGAGGUUUUUAAUAACUUUGAAACCACUACUGGCUCAACUCAUAAUCUCAAGACCAUCGGAGGUCUGCUUGGCCAUCCACGCCACAUAAAGGUUCCCAAUCACUGGAAUGUUCAUUACAUGAAGGAUUUGUCAGAAAAGCUGAGCAGGCGAGACUGGAGGACUCCGCUGAAUAUGGUGAACCAAACGAGUGAAAUGAAGGACAAAUACACCGGGAGACUCCCACAAACCCUGGACACUGCAUUUAAGGCUGGACCUCAGCCAUUCAAUCUGGCUAACCAUCACACCAAUGGACCAUCUAAAAAUAUCAUUGCCAGCACGGAGAAUCCAGCCCUGGCUGGCAAGGAGUAUUACGUACGAGACAAAGAUGUUCUGCGACUUAACGACAUUUAUUUAACCACAACCAACAAGGAUUUCAGGGCCUUUAAGAAGGAGGAGUUGGAAGGCUUUCCAAAGAAAGACAUACCAACCUACUGGGAAAUGGAAGACUACCCGAAGACCUGGGGCCAUGGGCUGAAGGAGAAUCCUCUGCCCAAAGACGCCCAGAGGAUUGUCCGUGGUCCUGGCCCGAUGACUGACCCCAGUGUGUUCCAAGUGGCCACAAGAAUUCCUCCUCUCCCCAGGCACCUGCCACCUGUCCCAAAUCGGGGACUCAAGACACAGUAUCAGGAUGUGUACCAACAACCCAAUGAUGUCAAGCGCAAACAGGACCUCUACUACCAAUUUCAGGCCCCAUGGGUGAUGACCCGGGCAGGCUCAACCCCAGAGAUCCUGUCUGUUCCCCACAUGUACAAGACAGAAUAUAUGUCAUAUGGGAAUGAGCGGCCCGUGAUCAUGUAAAAGGGAAAUGAAAUUCCUCCUCUUCCAAAACAAAAGAAGAAAAUCUCGCCCUGAGUGCCUAGUUCAGAUUCUGCAAUGGAGAUUAUUUUGGAAACCUGCAUCUGAAACAUAGAAUCGUAUGUCACAGAAAGAGGCCAUUCAGCUUCUCACCCCUGUACUGGCUCUCUGAAACAGCUAUCCAGUUAGUUCGAUGCUCCUGCUCUUUUCCCACUUUUUUAGAAAAAUAAAUCUUUUAAAAUUAUUUAUUCAAUUCCAUUUUAAAAGUCAGUAUUGACUCUGCCUCACUGCCCUCUCAGGCAGGCAGUAUGUUACAGAUCACAAGAAUUUGCUGCAUGGAUAAUUUCUCACUCCACCCCACACCAACCAACUAAACAUUUUUCUCCAUUAAACCAGUGUUUUCUGAUUACUGAGCCUCUUGCCGAUGAAAACAGUUUCUUCUCAUUGGUCAGACCCUUCAUAAUGUUGAAGAAUUUUAUUCAGUUGCCCCCCCUUCCCAAACCCCUUCCUGAAUUGGAAUUGCCAAUUCCCUUUGGUAUCCCUCUCAUGCAAUAGACUCUUGUCAGUUUCCUUAAAAGCCCUCACCUCAUAUCAAUCAAUGUGUUCCAGCCUUUUUAAUUAUACUGCCAUUUACCAACACAGGGAGAUUGAGAAAUAACUGGAACAGUUAUAAACAGAUUACUUUGUUUAAAAUAUAUUUCUGUGGGUUUUUAUUUUAAGUGAUCAAACUUUCAGUAGGAACAUGGCAACGUCGGGAAUAGCGCAGGAGUAGGCCAUUCGGCCCAUCGACUCUCAUCCACCAUUUGACUAGAUCAUGGUUGAUCGCUUGUCUCAAAGCCAUAUUAAUUGACUGUUCCUACAUCUGUCAAUAUCUAUUGAUCUCAACUCUUAUACUCAAUGACUGAACCUUCAUAGCAGUGAGUCCACAAGCUAUCAAUCUACUGCAUUGCAAUUGGGAAGAGGGAAAUAGAUCAGAAAUUACUUAUUAAACUUUGAGAAGCUGA